AUGAUGAGAUUUAAAUUCGCAGUGGGAUUGAAAUCUGGAUUCUUUGUUUCCCUCAGCAGCUUGAAGACAACAAUGAUUCGGCUAAGGGUUUACGCGGGGCUUAGUACUCUCGCGGCGUUGGCUGUAAUAUAUCAUGCUUUUAGCAGCCGUGGUCAAUUUUACCCAGCGACUGUGUAUUUCUCGACGUCCAAGAUCAGCUUGGUGCUUCUUCUCAACAUGGGUUUGGUCCUCAUGUUCAGCUUGUGGAAUCUAGUCAAACUCGUGUUUCUGGGCUCCCUUAGGGAAGCCGAGGUGGAGCGUCUGAAUGAGCAAGCCUGGAGAGAACUCAUGGAGAUUCUCUUUGCCAUCACUAUCUUCCGACAGGACUUCUCUGUUUCCUUCAUCUCUCUGGUGGUCACUCUCCUCUUGAUCAAGGGUCUUCAUUGGAUGGCUCAGAAGAGAGUGGAGUAUAUUGAGACCACUCCUUCUGUCACUUUGCUCUCUCAUGUUCGUAUUGUUUCUUUCAUGGUUUUCCUCCUCCUCGUAGAUGGUCUCCUUACGUAUACUUCCAUAAGGCAAUUGAUUCAGUCCCGGAAGGCUUCCAUGUCAGUCUUCUUCACGUUUGAGUAUAUGAUUCUGGCAACAACAACCAUUUCUAUUAUUGUCAAGUAUGCCUUCUAUGUCACUGAUAUGCUCAUGGAAGGUCAAUGGGAAGGAAAACCAGUAUGUACUUUCUAUCUGGAGCUUGUUCGUGACUUGCUUCACUUGUCCAUGUAUCUUUGCUUCUUCCUUAUGAUAUUCAUGAACUAUGGUCUUCCCUUGCAUCUAAUACGGGAACUCUACGAAACGUUCAGAAACUUCAAGAUUCAUGUGACUGAUUACCUCCGGUAUCGUAAAAUCACAUCCAAUAUGAAUGAUCGGUUUCCUGAUGCAACUCCUGAAGAACUUAGUUCAAAUGAUGCUACCUGUAUCAUAUGCCGUGAAGAAAUGACCUCAGCAAAGAAAUUAAUAUGUGGCCAUCUCUUUCAUGUGCAUUGUCUUCGGUCAUGGCUGGAACGACAGAACACAUGUCCGACCUGCAGAGCGCUGGUUGUACCAGCUGAGAAUACUACAUCAACAGCUUCUGGAAACCGUGGACCACACCAAGAAUCACUGCAGCAGGGAAUGGGUACUUUAAGUUCAGAUGGCCAGAGUUCUUCUGUUGUUGCUGCAGCUAGUGAGAAUUUGAGCAGGCACGAGGCUAGGUUUCAAGCUGCUGCUUCUGCAGCCUCCAUAUAUGGGAGAUCUGUUGUUUAUCCAUCUUCUGCAAACAAUCUAGUAUGGUCACAAGGUUAUUCAUUGCUUCCUCAGACAGAGCUAGAAGCUCAGAGGAGAUUUCUUGAGUCCCAAAUCGAGGUGUUACAAAACCAACUUCGGCUUCUGGAGAAGCCGGCAACUGUAGAUACGAAAGGAAAGUCUGUUGCGGAAUCUGCAGAGUGA